AUGUCUGUGUCUCUGAACGUCUCCAAUGUCUCCAAAUCUCAGGUGUCUGAGUUCAUUCUACUGCGCUUCCCAGGCAUUCACAGCUGGCAGCACUGGCUUUCUGCAUUGCUGGCUCUGCUGUAUCUCUUAGCAAUUGGUGCAAACAUGCUCAUCCUUAUCACCAUCUGCCAGGACCCCUCCCUGAAGCAGCCCAUGUACAUUUUCCUGGGUGUACUUUCUAUAGUGGACAUGGGGCUGGCCACUACCAUCAUGCCAAAGAUCCUAGACACCUUCUGGUUCAAUGCCAAGGCCAUUAGCCUCCCUGAGCAUUUUGCUCAAAUUUAUGACCAUUGUUUUAUUGGCAUGGAAUCUGGUAUUUUUAUUUGUAUGACUUUUGACAGAUACAUAGCUAUCUGUCACCCUCUUUGCUACACAUCAAUUGUGACCAAUUCCUUAAUCUGUAAAGCCAUCUUAUUUAUGGUGCUUAGAAAUGGCUUGUUUGUCAUUCCAGUGCCAGUGCUUGCAGCCCAGCGUAAUUAUUGUUCCAGCAAUGAAAUUGACCACUGCCUGUGUUCUAACCUCGGGGUCACCAGCCUGGCCUGUGAUGAUAGGAGGGCAAAUAGCAUCUGCCAAUUGGUCUUGGCAUGGGUUGGAAUGGGGAGUGAUCUGGGUCUUAUUAUAUUGUCAUAUGCCUUGAUUCUGCGCUCUGUACUGAGGUUGAACUCAGCUGAAGCUGCUUCCAAGGCUCUGAGCACUUGUAGCUCCCACCUAAUCCUCAUCCUCUUCUUCUACACUACUGUUGUAGUGGUUUCAGUAACCCACCUGGCAGAGACAAAGGCUAUGUCGACUCCAGUUCUGCUCAACGUGCUGCACAACAUCAUCCCCCCUUCUCUCAACCCUAUGGUUUAUGCACUCAGGACCAAAGAACUUAGGGAAGGUUUCCAAAGGUUGUUUUGUUUGGGUUUGCAAAAGAAAUGA